CGAGAUAGCCGCCAGGUGGCGGUGUUGGACACAACCCGGUGACGGCUCGCAGGGUCCCUUUUGUUUUGCAAAGCGUCGAUGACAGAAAGAUCCGCCUGAAAAUCUGCUGGGAGUGAAUUCAUUAGAGAGACACGGGGAAACCGGCGAGGCUUCAACCAGCAAAUUAAAGCAGGGACCGGGACCGAGCUUCAGAAGCAGAGGCUCGCAGCGUCACGCCCCAGGCCGGGGCUCCGAGAGAGAGAGAGAGGGCAAGCUCUGUCCCAGAAGUUGCUGGAGGGCGGCGGGCGGGGACAUGGACGUUCGUGCCUGCAUUGACUGUUCUGAAAGAGCGGCGCGCUUCUGCUGUGUGAGAUGAAGCGCGGCUAGCCGUUGCGUAAGCUCGGAGAGGAACACGGAGAAGGCCCCUGACGUUGACGGACUAAUGGCUGCAGAGUGACGUGCCAUGGCUCUAAUGAUCCCGCCGGUGAAACUUAAAUGGCUGGAGCACCUGAACAGCUCUUGGAUCACUGAGGACAGUGAAUCCAUAGCCACAAGAGAGGGGGUGUCGGUGCUAUAUUCCAAGCUGCUAGCCAACAAAGAGGCUGUGCUGCUUCCCCAGCAGGUGUUAUGUCUGAAGGGCCCUCAGCUGCCAGACUUUGAACGUGAGUGCCUGUCAAGUGAUGAGCAGGAGCAUUACCUGGACGCUUUGCUCAGUAGCCAGUUGGCCUUGGCCAAGAUGGUGUGCUCCGACUCUCCCUUCGCUGCUGCCCUGCGGAAGCGAGUACUGGUGCUCCAACGGAUCUUCUAUGCCAUUUCCAACAAGUACCACGACAAAGGAAAGGUCAAGCAGCAGCAGCAGUCUCCAGAAAACAGCUUGGGCUCGACUGACCUGCACUCGAUUAGCGAACGGCCUCGCUCCACCACUGAUGCUCUCAUUGAGAUGGGUGUACGAACUGGUCUCAGUCUACUGUUUGCUCUACUGCGCCAGAGUUGGAUGAUGCCUCCGCCUAGUCCGGGUGGUGGUCCGGGGAGCAGCAUAAACCUGUGUAACGACGUAAUACACACAGCCAUUGAUGUGGUUAGCUCCCUGCCUCCCCUCUCUUUAGCCAAUGAAAGCAAGAUUCCACCCAUGGGUUUAGAUUGCCUGGCUCAGGUCACCACCUUCCUAAAGGGGGUGACAUCGCCAAACUCAGGUGCUGACAUUUUGGGUCGACGACUGGCCUCAGAGCUGCUGUUGGCGCUGGCUUCACAGAGGGGUUCCCUGCGGUACCUUCUGGAGUGGAUUGAGAUGGCCUUGGCUGCAUCAGCUAUUGUCAGCUCCAUGGAGCAGAACAAGGCUCUGCAGAACCACGAGGGGCUGAUCAGCUAUGAUGGUUUCAUGAACAUACUCAUGCAGAUGAGACGCUCUUUGGGCUCCUCCACAGAUCGCAGCCAGUGGCGAGAACCCACGCGGACCUCUGAAUGCUUGUGCUCCUUAUAUGAGGCUGCAUUCUGUCUGUUUGAAGAAGUUUGCCGGAUGGCUUCAGACUACUCCCGUACCUGCGUCAGUCCGGACAAUAUUCAGACUGGUGAGGCCCCGGUGGUGUCGGAAACCUGUGAGGUGUAUGUGUGGGGCAGCAACAGCAGCCACCAGCUGGUGGAGGGGACUCAGGAAAAGAUCCUUCAGCCCAAGUUGGCUGCCAGUUUUGCUGAUGCACAGACGAUUGAAGCAGGCCAGUACUGCACGUUUGUCAUCUCCUCUGAUGGCUCUGUGCGGGCCUGUGGAAAAGGCAGCUAUGGCCGCUUAGGCCUGGGAGACUCCAACAACCAGUCAACACUCAAGAAAUUGACCUUCGAACCCCACCGAGCCAUCAAGAAGGUGUCAUCCUCUAAGGGAUCAGAUGGCCACACCCUGGCCUUCACGACGGAGGGCGAGGUGUUCAGCUGGGGCGAUGGCGAUUAUGGAAAACUGGGCCAUGGAAACAGCUCGACGCAGAAGUACCCCAAACUUAUCCAGGGGCCGCUGCAGGGGAAGGUGGUGGUGUGCGUUUCUGCUGGUUACAGACACAGUGCUGCAGUCAGUGAGGACGGAGAGCUCUACACGUGGGGUGAAGGAGAUUUUGGAAGAUUAGGUCAUGGUGACAGCAACAGCCGCAACAUUCCUACCCUGGUGAAAGACAUAAGCAAUGUUGGAGAAGUGUCGUGUGGAAGCUCCCACACCAUUGCUCUGUCCAAGGAUGGACGCACCGUUUGGUCCUUUGGAGGAGGAGACAACGGCAAACUGGGUCACGGUGACACCAAUCGAGUCUACAAGCCAAAAAUGAUAGAGGCCCUGCAGGGAAUGUUCAUCAGGAAGGUGUGUGCUGGAAGCCAGUCGUCUCUAGCCCUCACUUCCACUGGUCAGGUGUAUGCUUGGGGCUGCGGUGCCUGCCUAGGUUGCGGUUCCUCUGAAGCCACAGCGCUUCGACCCAAACUGAUUGAGGAGCUAGCCACCACCAGGGUAGUGGACAUCUCCAUUGGGGACAGCCACUGCCUUGCUCUGUCUCAUGACAAUGAGGUUUAUGCAUGGGGAAACAACUCCAUGGGUCAGUGUGGCCAGGGGAACUCCACAGGACCCAUCACCAAACCUAAGAAGGUCGUUGGCCUGGAUGGAGUUGCCAUUCAACAGAUUUCUGCAGGGACGUCCCACAGUCUGGCCUGGACGGCUCUCCCAAGGGACAGGCAGGUGGUGGCAUGGCAUCGACCCUAUUGUGUGGACCUUGAGGAGAGCACCUUCUCCCACCUGCGCUCUUUUCUUGAGCGCUACUGUGAGGGCAUUAACAGCGAGGUUCCUCCCCUGCCCUUCCCCUCAUCCAGGGAACAUCAUAGCUUCCUAAAGCUGUGUCUUCAGCUUCUCUCCAAUCAUCUAGCUCUAGCUUUGGCAGGGGGCGUGGCCACAAGUAUUCUGGGUCGGCAGGCCCGGCCUCUGAGGAACCUGCUCUUCAGGCUGAUGGACUCCUCUGUGCCUGAUGAGAUUCAAGAGGCAGUGAUUGAGACUCUGUCAGUGGGGGCCACCAUGCUGCUGCCCCCCCUGCGAGAAAGGAUGGAGCUCCUUCACACUUUACUGCCCCAGGGCCCCGACAGAUGGGAGAGUCUCUCCAAAGGACAGAGGAUGCAGCUGGACAUCAUCCUGACCAGCCUUCAGGACCACACCCAUGUGGCCUCCCUUCUGGGUUACAGCUCUCCAGCUGACGGCCCUGAGAUCCUGUCUUCUGGUUUGUCUUUCUCUCCCUCACCCGACCCGACCUAUAGCUCCCCAGGCGGCCACCCUGACACUCACCUGGCUGAGAUCCUCAUGAAGACGCUGCUCAGGAACCUUGGCUUUUACACUGACCAGGCACUGGGAGAGCUGGAGAAGAACAGCGACAAGCUGCAGCAGGGUACGUCGCCCUCGGACAGCAGCCAGCCCGCUCACCUCCACCAGCUGCUAUGCUCGCUGCAGAAGCAGCUGCUGGCCUACUGCCACAUCAACGCCGUCACAGAGAACUCCAGCAGUGUGGCUCUGCUCCACAAACACCUGCAGCUGCUUUUGCCUCACGCCACCGACAUCUUCUCUCGCUCAGCCGUCCUCAUCAAGGAGAGUUCCUGGAAUGGAAGCAUACGAGAGAAGCUCCAAGAUGUGAUCUACGUGUCUGCAGCAGGCAGCAUGUUGUGCCAGAUCAUCAAUGCACUGCUGUUGCUUCCCGUGUCGGUGGCAAGGCCGCUUUUGAGUCACCUGCUGGACCUACUGCCGCCACUGGACCGUCUGAACCGGCUGCUGCCAGCCGCCGGGCCUCUGGAGGACCAGGAGCUGCAGUGGCCUCUCCACGGCAUGUCCGACUUUGCCGAGCCCGCCUCAGGGACAACGCUGCCGCAGCCGUCGCUUCCGUGGGUGUGGCUAGUGGAUCUGGAGAGGACUGUGGCCCUGUUGGUGGGCCACUGUCUGGGCGGGAUGCUGCAGGGGCCCCCCACCUCGCAGGAAGAGCAGGACACAGCUUACUGGCUGAAAACCCCUCUCUUCAGUAACGGACUAGAGAUGGAUGUCCCCCAGCUUGACUCCUACAUCAGCCUGCUGCUGGAGGCGGCGCUGUCGGAGAACGAGGAGCAGAAGCCCUUCGACUGCACUUUGCUUCCAGACUUGAAUGUCCUGGUGGAUUUGGCUUUGGCGUCUUCUAAAGAACCUGCCAGCAGCCUCUGGGUCAACAUGCAGGACUACGCCAUCAGCAAAGACUGGGACAACGCGUCUCUGAGUAACGAGUCCCUGCUGGACACGGUGUCCAGGUUUGCUCUGGCCGCCUUGCUGAAGCACACAGGGCUGCUGGGCCAGGCCUGUUCUGAUGGAAGGUACCAACCCUCCAAGUCCCUGGCAGAAAUCUACCGCAGUGUUUAUAAAGUACGGAACCGCCUGCUGGCUUGCAAGAGCAUGAAUUUCUUACAAACCAGGUCUGCCUCUCAGGAAAGAAGGAUUUCAGACAUUCAGGACUCUCUGGACUUGGACCCUCAGGAACACUCCCUUACCCGCACCAUAGAUGAGGAGGCAGAGCUGGAGGAGAGAGAUGAACGCGAAAGAGAAGAGGGCCACCCGGAGCAAGACGAUGAAGAUGAAGACAGGGAGCACGAAGUCAUGACUGCUGGCAAAAUCUUUCAGUGUUUCCUCUCAGCGCGGGAAGUGGCUCGCAGUAGAGAAAGGGAAUGGACCAGCAGCACUACAGGACUCGGUUCUGGAUCAGUGUCCAGGAGUGGAGGCGGUGGCGGCCUGGAGGACGAUGUCCUGCUGGCCCAGGAAGGAAGACGCAGCAGCAUGGGCCUCAGGGAGGGUCAGGACUUGUAUACAGCCGCUUGUAACUCUGUGAUCCAUCGCUGUGCUCUGCUGGUUCUGGGCGUUAGUCCAGUUCUGGGUGAGCUGACCAAGCAGAACCAGGAGGAGGGCCAGACACAGUCGGCAGCAGGAACGCAGGAAUGUCUGAGCUUCAUGACCAGGAGCGAGAGUCUGAGUGCCGAGAGCCGGUCAGUUCAGAGCAGCACGGGGUACCGGCUGACCAAAUCCAGAAGCGAGUCGGACCUGUCCCAGCCCGAGUCGGACGAGGAGGGGUGCAACCUGAGUGGACGUAGAAACAUUGAUCUGGACUUGGCCUUCUCUCAGAAGAAGAAAGGCCUUCUUCACAGCUCACCAGACUCCCUGGCUGAGUCCUGGUUUCAGGCUAAACUGAGCUGCCAGCGAAGCUACUGCUCUGUUCGCUCAUAUGAGGAGUCAGAUCUGGACCUCAGCCGUUCACUGGGAAUUCAUGCAAUCAUUGACAACCUGGUCAGCUACAUCAUUUGUGAUGUGGGCCUUGCUCCUGCUUUUAAGGAUCCGGAUGAAACUAUGUCCACAAGCCCACAGGCUACCAUCCUGACCAUGGAGCAGCAGCAGAGCAGGGCAGAGCUAAGGUUAGAAGCGCUUCACCAGAUUGUAGUUCUGAUCUCGGGUAUGGAGGAGAAAGGCAGCCAGUCAGGGAAUGCUGGUCGGUCCAGUGGCACCUUCCAUUCCUCGUCCCUACUCACAUCCGUCCGGCUGCAGUUCCUGGCAGGCUGCUUUGGCCUCAGCACUAUCAGCACCGGAGGGCUGAAGAGGGAGAGCGUGCAGCUGCAUCAUUACCAGGAUGGAAUAAAGUCAGCCAAGAGGAGCCUUCAAAUAGAUAUCCAGAAAGCAGUCCAUAAAAUCUAUCAGCAACUGUCGGUCACGCUGGAGAAGGCACUGCAGGCAAAUAAGCACCACAUUGAAGCUCAGCAGCGCCUCCUGCUGGUGACCGUGUUUGCACUGAGUGUUCGUUACCAGCCUGUGGAUGUCUCUCUGGCCAUCUCCAGCGGACUUUUGAAUGUGUUGUCCCAGCUGUGUGGCACAGAGACCCUGCUGGGGCAACCCCUGCAGCUCCUCCAGAAAACUGGGGUGUCCCAGCUCGGCACCGCCCUGAAGGUGGCCUCCACUCGUCUGCUGCAGAUCUUGGCCAUCAGUACUGGGACCUAUGCAGACAAGCUAUGUCCUAAGGUGGUCCAGUCUCUGCUGGACCUGCUGUGCAGUCAGCUGAAGAAUCUGCUGUCUCAGGCCGGAGUCAACCUUCUGUCACCUGGGAAAAAGCCAGAGGACGUCAAACAUGAAAACAUUGCCAACAUGGAGAAAAAAGACUUUAGAGCUUUGGUACGGAAGCAGCACACAGCAGAGCUCCACCUGGGAGACUUCCUGGUGUUCCUAAGGAGGGUGGUGUCUUCAAAGGCCAUCCAGUCCAAGAUGGCCUCCCCUAAAUGGACGGAGGUGCUGCUCAACAUUGCUGCUCAGAAGUGCAGUUCAGGUGUUGCUCUGGUGGGAAACCUCAGAACCCGUCUUCUGGCACUUCAUGUUUUGGAGGCUGUUCUUCCAGCCUGUGAGGCUAGCAUGGAGGAUCAUCAAAUAACUCAGGUGGUUGAGCGGCUCUUCUCUCUGCUGUCGGACUGCAUGUGGGAGGCUCCCGUGGCUCAGGCAAAGCACGCCGUCCAGGUCAAAGAACGAGUCCAGGAGCUGAGACUCCAGGGGGAGGGAGAGGAGGAAGAUGAGAACCUGCCCAUUCAGGAAGUGUCCUUUGACCCAGAAAAGGCUCAGUGCUGCGUGGUGGAGAACGGUCAGGGCCUGACCCAUGGCAGUGGGGGGAAAGGCUAUGGUCUGGCCUCCACUGGCAUUUCUUCUGGGUGUUACCAGUGGAAGUUUUACAUUGUGAAGGAGAACCGAGGCAACGAGGGCACGUGUGUGGGCGUGUCACGGUGGCCGGUUCAUGACUUUAACCACCGCACCACAUCCGACAUGUGGCUGUAUCGAGCCUACAGUGGAAACCUCUACCACAACGGGGAGCAGACCCUGACGCUGAGCAGUUUCACACAAGGAGAUUUCAUCACCUGCAUCCUGGACAUGGAGGCCAGAACCAUCUCCUUUGGCAAGAAUGGAGAGGACCCCAGAUUGGCCUUUGAAGAUGUGGAUGCCACAGAACUAUUUCCCUGUGUGAUGUUCUAUAGCAGCAACCCAGGAGAGAAGGUGAAGAUCUGUGACAUGCAGAUGAGAGGAACGCCUCGAGACCUCUUACCUGGUGAUCCGGUUUGCAGCCCCAUAGCCACAGUUCUGGCCGAGGCAACCACGCAGUUGAUUCGUAUCCUGCAUCGCACUGACCUUUGGACCCAUCGUAUCAACAAGACCAUGAUCGAGCGCCUUCACACCAUCAAGCACUGCUUCAAGGAGUCAGUGGGGACCUCUAACGGUGGCCAAAGGCUGAAAAAGAGCCGCUCGGUGCAGAGCCGCGAAGAGCACGAAUCCCAGAAGGACUGCCAGGAAAUUCAGGCAAAGACGGAAGAGGAGAAGGGCCGGCAUGGGCGGCAGCAUGGCCUUGGGGAACUGUCUGAGCACAGCCUCAGAAGCUUGUGCUCCGAGGUGUGGCCAGUCCUGGCUGUGAUUGGUGGGACCGAUGCUGGACUGCGCGUGGGUGGCAGAUGUGUGCACAAACAGACGGGACGGCACGCCACCCUGCUGGGAGUGGUGAAGGACGGCAGCACAUCUGCAAAGGUGCAGUGGGACGAAGCAGAGAUCACCAUCAGCUUCCCAACUUUUUGGUCGCCUAGUGACACUCCGCUGUACAACUUGGACCCAUGUGAGCCUCUGCCGUUUGACGUGGGACGUUUUCGCGGCCUGACCGCCUCCCUGCUGAUGGAUCUCACUUAUCUGACAAGUAUUCACGAGGAGGCCGGCGUCAAGCUCAGUGCAUGCCGCCACGGGAAGAAGCAUCGCAACGUGUCUUCCAACGACCACGAGCCAACCUGUGUGGAGGACAAAGUGGAAAGUGAGGGUCACAACUUUGAGCAGACAGAGCUGGUGGUCACCUCAUUGGGGGGCCCAUCAGCCACCGGCAGCCCUGACCUGCGGGUGUCUCACAGCCUGGAAGAGGUCAAAGCCCACGCAGCCUCAAACUCCAAAUCAGAGAGCGAGAUAUCCUCUGUGGCUGGAGGAGGAAGCGAGAGCCUGUUCUCAUCGGCGCCUCACGCCACAGCCGGUGAGGGGGUCAGGAAGAAGGGUCACGAGCACAGCCCCCGCAGCAGUCACGACCCGUCCUCCAUCACUACUCAGUCGGAGAUGAACGCUGUGCAGCUGUCCUACUUGUACAUUGGUGCCAUGAAGACCCUGAGUGCUCUGCUGAGCUGCAGCAAGUAUGCAGAGCUGCUCCUCAUACCCAAGGUGACUCCAGAAACUGUUGCCAGCAGCCACAAUGCUGAUCUGAACUCCAGCUCAGGCGGGGCUGCUGCCUCAUCACCGGUUUGGCAGGAGGAGGUGGAGAUGAGGGCGGCUCUGCAGUUUCUCAUGCGCCACAUGGUGAAGCGGGCUGUCAUGCGCUCCCCUAUCAAGCGAGCCCUGGGCCUGGCGGAUUUGGAGAGGGCACAGGCCAUGAUCUACAAGCUGGUGGUGAAUGGGCUGCUGGAGGAGCCCUCUGGAGGAAAGUCCAGACCUGGAUUGAGACAUGAGCCUGAAGGGGAGGGGGAGGACCCAGAGGGGGAGCAGAUGGUUCAGACUCCCAUCACCACAAGCCCCUCCGCCUCUAGCACCACCUCCUUCAUGAGCUCUUCACUGGAGGACACCACCACUGCCACCACGCCAGUCACGGACACGGAGACUGCCCCUGCCUCAGAGUCUCCUGGCGUCAUGCCCCUGAGCCUGCUGAGGCAAAUGUUCUCCAGUUACCCCACCACCACACUGGUUCCAACCCGCCGAGCACAGACUCCUCCGGUGUCAUCUCUCCCCACAUCUCCAUCAGAUGAGGUGGGCCGCAGGCAGAGCCUCACCUCGCCGGACUCCCAGCAAACCAGAGUGCAAAAUCGAUCUGGGACCUCUCUAUCUGACCCCAGCAGCAGGCUGUCCACGUCCCCCCCUCCUGCAGCCAUCGCCGUGCCGCUGCUGGAGAUGGGUUUCUCGCUGCGACAGAUCACCAAAGCUCUGGAGGCCACUGGAGCUCGAGGAGAGGCAGAUGCUCAAAACAUCACUGUGCUGGCCAUGUGGAUGAUAGAACAUCCAUGUUCAGAGGACGAGCGGGACGAGCCCCACGCCAGAGACAGAGCUGGACGCAGUGAAGGCUCUGCCUCCUCUUGUGGGGGGGCCAGGGGCUCUGCAGGAGGCAAAGCUGCAGAGAGGAGCUCCUACCUGAGCUCACCUGGAGACGGAGCCGGCACUGGCGCCUCUGAGAUGGAGGAGGGCUUCAGUGAAAGCCCUGAAGGUAUGGAGCAGGACAGCGCAUUGGCCUCCAGCGCCGCUCCCCUCAGAGGGCGCUCUGGGGCCAGGAAGCACCGCUUUGACUUGGCCGCACGCACCUUGUUGGCCCGAGCUGCUGGAUUGUAUCGCUCCGUCCAGGCCCAUCACAGCCAGUCACGCCGGGACACCCUGUCCCUUCAACAGGAGCAGGGCACUCUGUACGACUUUAACCUGGACGAAGAGCUGGAGAUGGACCUGGACGAGGAGACCAUGGAAGCCAUGUUUGGCCAGGACCUGGCCAGCGACACUGACAUUUUGGGAAUGUGGAUCCCGGAGGUACUGGACUGGCCAACAUGGCACGUGUGUGAGGCGGAGGAUCGAGAUGAGGUGGUGGUGUGCGAGCUGUGUGAGGCUAACGUGGCAAACUUCAACCAGCACAUGAAGAAAAGCCACCCUGGCUGCGGGCGCAGCGCCAACAGGCAAGGUUACCGCAGCAACGGCUCUUAUGUGGACGGCUGGUUUGGAGGGGAGUGCGGCAGUGGAAAUCCAUAUUAUCUGCUGUGCGGAGCCUGCAGAGACAAGUACUUGGCCAUCAAAAGCAAGGCCAAAGUGCCUGUUGUGGAGAGGUACAAAGGGCAGGCUCCGGAUCUCCUGGGGAAGCAGGACAGUGUGUAUGAAGAGGACUGGGACAUGCUGGAUGUGGAUGAAGAUGAAAAGCUGACAGGAGAGGAGGAGUUUGAGCUCCUGGCUGGCCCAUUGGGUCUAAGCGAGCGCAGAUUCGUUCCUGAGCCCGUCCAGUUCCCUGACAGUGACCCGCUAGGAGCCUCUGUUGCCAUGGUGACGGCCACAAACAGCAUGGAGGAGACCCUUCUUCAGAUAGGUUGUCAGACCUUGGUGGAUAAGAACUCCUCGGGUCGGGUGACUCUCGGCGAGCAGGCUGCCGCCGUGAAGAACCCCCAUGACCGCAUCAUGGCACUCAGACGAGUGACGGCUGCCGCCCAGGUAUUGCUGGCCAGGACCAUGGUAAUGAGGGCGUUGUCUCUGCUGUCUGUCAGCGGUUCCAGCUGCAGCCUGGCAGCAGGCCUAGACUCUCUUGGUCUGACUGACAUCAGGACUCUGGUCAGGUUGAUGUGCCUGGCAGCAGCCGGCAGGGCCGGACUCUCCACCAGUCCUGCGGUGGACUCCAACCCCGAGAGGCCUCGGGGAGCCAGCAAGGCCAGCAAGCCGAUCUCCUGCCUGGCUUACCUGAGCACGGCCGUGGGCUGCUUGGCUUCCAACAGCCCGAACGCUGCCAAGCUGCUGGUACAACUCUGCACUCAGAACUUGAUCUCUGCAGCUACAGGCAUGAACCUGACCACCGUGGACGACCCCACCCAGAGGAAGUUUCUACCCAGUUUCCUACGCGGCGUGGCUGAAGAGAAUAAGCUUAUUACAUCCCCCAACUUUGUGGUGACUCAGGCUCUGGUGGCGCUGCUGGCAGACAAAGGCGCCCGGCUGCGAUCUGGACAGGACAAGGCUGAUGUGGACAAGAGAGGUCUAAUUGCGCAUUUGUAUGCCCAUCCUUCCCAUAAUACUUCCGCUGUAGGCCCCCUGGAGCUGGCCAACGCUCUGGCGGCCUGCUGCUUGUCGUCUCGGCUCUCCUCGCAGCACCGGCAGUGGGCGGCACAGCAGCUGAUUCGCACGCUGGCCGCCCACGACCGCGACAACCAAAGUCGCCCGCAGACCUUUGCUGACAUGGCAGGCGAUCUGCGCAAGUGCUCAUUUAUCAAGCUAGAAGCACAUCAGAGUCGGGUCAUUACGUGUGGAUGGUGUACCAAGAAAGGCCUGCUGGCCACCAGCGGAAACGACGGCACAGUCCGAGUGUGGAAUGUGACAAAGAGCCAGUACACACUGCAGCAGACCUGCGUCUUUAGGAAGGAUGAUGACUCUUCAGAGGACGGACUCUCGGGCUUGGGAUCCCCCAGCGACCCCUGCCUCUCUCCUCUAGCAUGGAGUGUUACUGGAAAAUAUUUGGCUUCUGCAAUGGAGAAGGUGGUCAACAUCUGGCAAGUCAAUGGUGGGAAAGGCCUCCUAGACGUGCAGCCUCACUGGGUGUCUGCACUGGCGUGGCCUGAAAAGGAGGCAGAGUCUCUGUGGUGUGGGGAGCCCAAAGACAUACUGCUGGUGGGCCGGAUGGAUGGGUCCGUGGGUCUCAUAGAGGUGUUGGACUCGUCCAGUAUGCACCGCACAGAGCUGGAACAUUGCUGCAGGAAGGAUGUGGCAGUGAUGCACAUCGCCUGGCACAGUGAGGACAAACCAUUUGCCGUGGGCUACGCAGAUGGAAAGCUGCUGAUUGGGUCCAAAGAACCAUUAGACAAAGGAGCCAUUGUUGUCAUCGAUGCACACAGGGAGUCCAUCACUAGCAUGAAGUGGAGUCCAACGGGUCAGAUCUUGCUGACUUGUGCCAAAGAGGAGACGGUGAAGCUGUGGGCCAGUCAUGGCUCGGGUCCCACAUCGGGCUGGAUCUGUCUGCAGAAUCUUCGCCAGCCUUCUCUGGUCAACGGGGCUACCUGGUGCAGUCUGCAGGGGCGUAGCCCAAAGAUGCUCAACAUGCUGGCAAUAUGCUGUCAGAACGGCCUAGUCUCUGUCUGGACUGUUCCUCAAGAAGUCUCCAAAUUCCCAGAAUCCUGUUCCUCAACCUCUGACGGAUGGUGGGACACUGAGAGCAAAUCAAAGUUUAUGUCUUCCCGGUGGUCAGAGGUGGGAGCUGCCUGUGUUUUCCUGCUGAAAGGCCACAUUACUCCAGUAAAAACUCUGGCCUUCAGUCCAGAUGGACUGGCCUUGGCAUCUGGAGGGGUGGGAGGCCUCAUGAACAUCUGGUCCCUGCGGGAUGGAUCAGUACUCCAGACUGUCGUCGCCGGGUCUGGAGCAAUCCAGAACAUUGUUUGGAUUCCAGAUGUUGGCGUGGCAGUGUGCUCCAACAGGUCCAAGGACGUGCUGGUUGUGAACUGCUCCAAAGAGUUCUUGGCAUCCAACCAUGUGCUGGCCACCUGCCGCACAGCCCUGAAGAAGCAGGGUGUGGUCGGCCUCAACAUGGCGCCAUGCAUGAAAGCCUUCCUGGAGCGACUUCCCAUGAUGCUUCAGGAGCAGUAUGCCUAUGAAAAGCCUCAUGUCGUCAGCGGCGAACAGCUCGUUCAUAGUCCCUACAUGCAAUGUCUUGCCUCUCUGGCUGUGGGCCUCCAACUGGACCAGCUGCUGUGUCGCCCCCCUGUGCCUCCUCACCUCCUAGAAUGUCCGCCGGAGUCUGGCAGCGGCGUGUGGAGCACCAGCGAGUGGGCAUGGCUUGACUGCUUCUCCACCACUGUAAAAGUGGCUGAGGCUCUGGCGCGAGGUGCCACUUUUCCUGAAUCCUUCUCUGUUCCCGACCUCGAGCCAGUCUCCAAAGAUGAACGGUCUCUACUGAUGGACAACAGCAAGUGGGCGCCUGGCAUAGAUGAACAGAUCAUGUCCUGGGCCACCUCCAGACCUGAGGACUGGCACCUGGGGGGGAAGUGUGACGUGUUCUUGUGGGGAGCAGGACGCCACGGCCAGUUGGCAGAGGUUGGCAGGAACAUCCUGGUGCCCACGACUGCCCCUUCAUUUUCCCAGGCCCAACAGGUGGUGUGUGGUCAGAACUGCACCUUUGUGAUCCAGCCCAAUGGGUCUGUGCUGGCCUGUGGUGAGGGUAGCUAUGGCCGCUUGGGACAGGGAAACUCUGAUGACCUUCACAUCCUCACCAUCAUCUCAGCUUUACAAGGAUUUGUUGUGACGCAGCUGGUGACGUCCUGUGGCAGUGACGGCCACUCCAUGGCGCUUACUGAGAGCGGAGAGGUGUUCAGCUGGGGGGAUGGGGACUAUGGCAAGCUUGGACACGGCAACAGCGACCGCCAGCGUCGCCCGCGACAGAUUGAAGCUCUGCAGGGAGAGGAGGUGGUGCAGAUGUCCUGUGGCUUUAAGCACUCUGCAGUUGUCACAGCUGACGGGAAGCUCUUUACAUUUGGGAAUGGGGAUUAUGGCCGGCUGGGACUGGGAAACACGUCCAACAAAAAGCUUCCUGAGAAGGUCACCGCUCUGGAGGGAUACCAAGUGGGACAGGUGGCCUGUGGACUAAACCACACUUUAGUUGUUUCUGCUGAUGGAAUGAUGGUUUGGGCUUUUGGAGACGGAGACUAUGGGAAACUGGGACUUGGCAAUUCCACAGCCAAGUCCUCUCCUCAGAAAGUGGACGUCCUGUGUGGGAUUGGCAUUUUGAAGAUGGCCUGUGGAACUCAGUUCUCUGUGGCGCUAACCAAAGACGGAAAAGUGUUCACAUUUGGCCAAGACCGGCUGAUUGGCCUGCCGGAGGGUCGGGCCAGGAACCACAACCGGCCUCAGCAGGUGCCAGCGCUGUCGGGGGUCCACAUCCAGGAUGUGGCAGUGGGAGCUGAGCACACACUGGCUCUGUCAUCCACAGGAGACGUUUAUGCCUGGGGGAGCAACUCCGAGGGACAGCUCGGUCUAGGUCACACCAAUCACGUCAGAGAACCUACCUUAGUAACAGCCCUACAAGGGAAGAAUAUCCACCAGAUAUCUGCUGGACGCUGCCACAGCGCCGCCUGGACAGCCCCCUGCGUGCCCCCCCGAGCACCAGGCUCGUCAGUCCCUCUUCAGCUGGGUCUGCCCGAGGCCGUGCCUCCUCAGUACAGCACACUCAAAGAAGUAAGCAUGGAGGUGCUGCGAGGGCGUCUGCGCCUCCUCUACCACUUCUCUGACCUCAUGUACUCCUCCUGGCGUCUGCUCAACCUCAGUCCUAACAACCAGAGCUGCACCUCCCACUACAAUGCAGGGACUUGGGGUAUUGUCCAGGGCCAGUUGAGGCACCUACUGGCCCCCAGAGUCUAUACUCUGCCCAUGGUACGCUCCAUUGGGAAGACCAUGGUGCAGGGCAAGAACUAUGGCCCCCAAAUCACUGUCAAGAGGAUUUCCACACGCGGGCGGAAGUGUAAGCCCAUCUUCGUGCAGAUCGCACGGCAGGUGGUGAAGCUGAAUGCCUCGGACCUGCGGCUUCCUUCAAGAGCCUGGAAGGUGAAGCUGGUGGGGGAGGGGGCAGACGAUGCUGGUGGGGUGUUUGAUGACACCAUUACUGAGAUGUGCCAGGAGUUGGAGUCGGGGGUGGUUGACCUGCUUAUUCCCUCCCCCAACGCCACAGCAGAGGUUGGCUACAACAGAGACAGGUUUCUUUUCAACCCGUCCGCCUGUCUGGACGACCACAUGCUUCAGUUCAAGUUUUUGGGCAUAUUGAUGGGCGUGGCCAUCCGUACCAAGAAGCCCCUGGACCUUCACCUGGCUCCGCUGGUCUGGAAACAGCUGUGCUGCAUCCCGCUGCAGCUGGAGGAUCUGGAGGAGGUGGACCUCUUGUAUGUGCAGACUCUGAAAAGCAUUCUUCACAUUGAAGACAGUGGCAUCACGGAGGACAAUUUCCAUGAGAUGAUUCCUCUGGAUUCGUUUAUCGGGCAGAGUGCGGACGGAAAGAUGGUACCAAUAAUUCCAGGAGGAAACAGCAUCCCUCUGACCUUCUCCAACAGGAAGGAAUACGUGGAAAGAGCCAUUGGGUAUCGGCUGCAUGAGAUCGACCGACAGGUGGCGGCGGUGCGGGAGGGCAUGUCGUGGAUCGUGCCGGUGCCGCUGCUGUCCCUGCUCACGGCCCGGCAGCUGGAGCAGAUGGUGUGCGGGAUGCCGGAGAUCUGCUGCGACGUGCUGAAGAAGGUGGUCCGCUACAGGGAGGUGGACGAGCAGCACACCCUUGUGCACUGGUUCUGGCAGACGCUGGAGGAGUUCUCCAACGAGGAGCGGGUGCUUUUCAUGCGCUUCGUCUCCGGCCGAUCCAGACUUCCAGCCAACACGGCUGACAUUUCCCAGAGGUUCCAGAUCAUGAAGGUGGACAGGCCGUUCGACAGCCUGCCCACAUCGCAGACCUGCUUCUUCCAGCUGCGCCUCCCUCCUUACUCCAGCCAGGCUGUCAUGGCUGAGCGGCUGCGCUACGCCAUCAACAACUGUCGCUCCAUUGACAUGGACAACUACAUGCUGUCGCGCAACGUAGACAACGCCGAUGGAUCCGACAUGGACUACUGAUGAGGCGCUUUCGUGCAGCGCUCCCUGGAACAGACGGGACACUUUAUGUGCAUUUUAUGUCUCGCACAAGUCUUCAUUUCUCUGUGGUUUUGCAGUUUUUACCGCCGUGAAAAUCCACAUGAGGAGUGUUUAGUUUAUUUUUACUUCCUUACUCCACAUCCCAUUUUUGGGUUUCUGCAUGGAGGUCUGCUUAUUUGUUUGCUGAUGUGUACAGCAGAUGGUCAUACGGCGUGACAGAACGCUGUACGUUGUGUAAUGCUUUGUUAGGAUUUGUUAGCAUUUUAUCAAUAUUUAUUCUUUUCAUUGCGGCUGGUGAGUUUCCAAAGCAACAACAUUAAAUGCUGUAUCAGUGAGGUGUGGUCGUUUGAGAGAAAACUGCUUUUUUACUUUUAAUCUGACGCAGCUGCAGAAAACAAAAACACUGCUCACUGUUCUGAACAUGAUGUCUGACAUGGACUAAGACCUGGAGGGAUUCUGUUGUGGUUCUGACCCAAACAGUGCAGGAGAGGUGCACAGAACCUCUCCUGGUUUGAAAACAGCAGUUGUCACCAAUUGGAGCAGCUUUUAUUUGACUCUGUAAAGAGGAUAAAAACGAGAAAAAGACCCUUCCUAACUGCAUGCGGUUAACUGUGUGUGCAGAGUCUUUACUUGCAGUGCAUAGCCAGACCCCCCACCCCCCACUGUGCACCAGACUUGAACAUCUGAGGCGUUCCGGUUCUUCCAUCAAACACGUUUACUCCUGCAGGUCUACCCAAAUUGACUCUUGAAGACUCGCAGAAACAAAAAAACCGCAUGUACAGGAUUGAAAUGCUUGAAAUACACCAAACCAGUGACCUUUGACCUCAUUCCAAGCAGCUAAAAUAAACCUUAAAUGACCA